GAAAAAUAUAUUUUUGUGAUUUAUGUAUAUGCUGCUGUUUAUUUAAAUAAUAUAGAAAAAUUUUUAAUUUUUUUUAUCCUUAUGACAAUUGUGUCUACAAAAUUGGAAAAAUUUUACAUCUACGUAUGUAAAAAAAUGGCCAAUUCGUUUGUUUAAUUAACAUUGAUUUUUGUUGGGGAGUUUAGUAUAAAAAAUAUAAAGCAAAUAAUAAAUAAAAAAUAAAAUUCAUUAACAAAAACCUCAGACAGACACACACAUAUGCAGUAUAAGCAGCUUUAAGUUUAAAACAACUUUUAAUCCCAUCUAAUACAACUCUGGAAAAACAAUAAAAAACAACAACAAAUGUUUGUGUGAUAUUAAAGGGAGAGAGAAAACAAAACAAACACAUAAAUAAAAUAAAAAUUAAGCUAAAUAAAUAAAUCAGAGAGAAAAAUAAAAAACAAUUGUAAAAAUAUAUAAAACAAAACAGAAAAUAUCAGCAAAUCCCUAAAAAAAUUAAACAAAAGUUUCUAAAUUUUGUAGCUUAAAAAUUUCCAAAAAUAUUGCAACUGAAUUUAAACUGUUUGACUGGGAGUUUACAAAUUGCCGUUACAUAUUUUAAAAAUGUUAAUAGAGAAGGGUGUCUGCAGAAAGAGCAUCAAGGUGUCAACUAAAGUUCAUUGUUUUGCUCAAAUUUCUCUAAAACUUUUAUGUGUGAAUGUGUGAUAAAAACAAUAACAAACUUUGUGAUUACAAUUUUAUGUUAAACAAUAAACUUAGAUUUUAUUGUGUGACUUUUGAAUCUGCUGGAGGGAAAAAAUAAAACAAGUUUUACUUUAUGUUCGAGAAGUGCAUGUUUAGUCUCUUCUUGUAUUUUUUGUUGAUAAUAAUCUUUUUUUUAAAUAGAAAAAACUAAAAUUGUAAUACAUUUUGUGGUUCUACUCCUAAAAACUUUGAUUUAUCCAACACCCAGCCAUAACAAUGGCUGCUGUGAAAAAGAAUCUUUUCAAAGCUGUGGCCCCUGUACAAGCUCAAUACACAGGAGGCUCUUCACAAUCCUCCAAACAUGGGUGUCUGCCAGUUGGUUUGCCACAACUAUUACAAAUGGAGGAGAAGAAAUUUCUGUUGGCUGUUGAACGUGGCGAUAUAGCAAAUGUACGCAGAAUCUUACAAAAAGCCCACCGAAAACAUCACAUCAACAUCAAUUGCAUGGAUCCUUUGGGCAGACGUGCCUUAACUUUAGCCAUCGAUAAUGAAAACUUAGAAAUGGUUGAGUUGCUGGUUAUAAUGGGUGUCGAAACGAAAGAUGCUCUUCUCCAUGCUAUCAAUGCGGAAUUUGUUGAAGCUGUUGAGUUGUUGCUGGAGCAUGAGGAACUCAUCUAUAAGGAAGGAGAACUUUAUAGUUGGCAAAAAGUUGAAAUUAAUACAGCCAUGUUUCCACCGGAUAUAACACCUUUAAUUUUGGCAGCACAUAAAAACAAUUUUGAAAUUUUAAAAAUUCUAUUAGAUAGAGGAGCUGCUGUACCAGUGCCACAUGAUAUAAGAUGCGGUUGUGAAGAAUGUGUUCGUAUGUCUUCUGAAGAUUCUCUACGUCAUUCCUUGUCUCGUGUUAAUAUUUAUAGAGCUUUAUCUAGUCCUUCUUUAAUAUGUCAGACCUCUCACGAUCCUAUAUUAACUGCAUUUCAAUUGUCAUGGGAACUAAGAAAUUUAGCCUUUACCGAGCAGGAAUGUAAAUCCGAAUAUAUGGAUCUAAGGAGACAAUGUCAACAAUUUGCCGUAGAUUUACUAGAUCAAACAAGAACCUCAAAUGAAUUGGCCAUUAUACUAAAUUAUGAUCCUGAUAUGUCCACAUAUCAGCCUGGUGAUAGAAUGUCCUUGAAUAGAUUAACACAAGCGAUAUAUUAUAAACAGAAAAAGUUCGUGGCUCAUGCAAAUAUCCAACAAUUAUUAUCUUCCAUUUGGUAUGAGGGUCUACCCGGUUUUCGGCGUAAAACUUUAUUUGAAAAACUCUUGUGUAUUGUGAAGGUGGCCGUAUUGUUUCCGGUUUAUUGUUUAAUCUACAUGGUGGCUCCGAAUUGCAAGACUGGCCAGUUAAUGCGUAAACCAUUUAUGAAAUUUCUUAUACAUGCCUCAUCAUAUUUGUUCUUUUUGUUCAUUUUAAUAUUGGUCUCACAACGUGCUGAUGACGAUGUCAUACGUAUACUGGGCUCUGAGCGUAUGAAAAAAGAAUUGCUCGAACAACAACGACGACAACGUGGUCAAGGACCCACCAAACUAGAAAUGCUGGUGGUACUAUAUCUUUUCGGUUUCAUAUGGGAAGAGGUGCAGGAAAUCUUUAGUGUGGGCAUAAAAAGUUAUUUGAGGAAUAUGUGGAAUUUUAUAGAUUUUCUAAGGAAUAGUCUGUAUAUUAGUGUGAUGUGUUUAAGAAUAUUUGCCUAUAUACAACAGGCUACGGAGAUAGCCAGAGAUCCAAAAAUGGCCUAUGUGCCGCGUGAACAAUGGAAUGAUUUUGAUCCCCAACUUAUAGCAGAGGGUUUGUUUGCGGCGGCCAAUAUUUUCUCUGCCCUUAAACUGGUGCACAUGUUUUCAAUAAAUCCUCACCUGGGACCACUACAAAUAUCCUUAGGCCGCAUGGUCAUUGAUAUUGUGAAAUUCUUUUUCAUUUACUCCUUGGUAUUGUUUGCCUUUGCCUGUGGCUUAAAUCAAUUAUUGUGGUAUUUUGCUGAUUUGGAAAAAAGUAAAUGUUAUAUUUUGCCGGGUGGUCAGGCCGACUGGACGGGACAUUCAGAUUCUUGCAUGAAAUGGCGUAGAUUCGGCAAUUUGUUUGAGUCCUCACAAUCAUUGUUUUGGGCCAGUUUUGGUAUGGUGGGUUUGGAUGACUUUGAAUUGACGGGCAUUAAGUCGUAUACACGUUUCUGGGGUCUACUCAUGUUUGGCUCGUACAGUGUCAUCAAUGUUAUAGUCUUAUUGAAUCUACUAAUAGCCAUGAUGUCCAAUUCCUAUGCCAUGAUUGAUCAACAUUCGGAUACAGAGUGGAAAUUUGCUCGCACCAAAUUAUGGAUGAGCUAUUUUGAGGAUACCAGCACUUUGCCACCACCAUUUAAUAUUAUGCCCUCUGUCAAGUGGCUAAUCAGAAUGUUUAGAAAGUCAAGCAAAGAGAUUGAUCGCAAACGUUCCAAGAAACGUCAGGCUAAAGAACAAGAAAAUGCUUAUGACAACAUAAUGCGCUCUUUGGUUUGGCGGUAUGUUGCUGCCCAAAAUCGUAAGUUUGAAGAUAAUCCAGUGACAGAGGAUGACAUCAAUGAAGUCAAAAGCGAAAUAUCUACAAUGCGUUAUGAAAUGUUGGAAAUCUUUGAGAAUAGUGGCAUGGAUGUAUCCUCUGCUGCUAAGAAGGAAAAACCCUGUCGUGCCAAGAAAACCAAAAUGUGGGAACGCCAAUUAAUGAAAGGAUUCCAGGUGGCACCCUGUCAAAAUGUCAAUGAAGAAAAACUAAAUGGUAAUGUCAACAGUGAAUGUGACAUCAAUGAAAUCAAAGUGGAAAAAGAUCCCUCUAGACCAGACAAAGAAACACCCAAGCAAAGAUUCCAAAGAGUGGCAAGGCUAGUGGCCCAACAGUCAACGGCCCACAAAUGGACCAUGGUAUUGCAAAGUACCCUAAAAGAUUCACAAAUAGGAAGAUCUAACAAAGAUAGUGUCAAGAAUUUACAUCAUUUGGGUAAAGCCAUAGAAGAGGCUAAAAAAUUAAUUUUACAAUCACCACCAGCAAUAUCUGGCCGAGAAUCUCCCAUAGCAGUGGAAUUUGAAGAUGAAAAAACCGCUACCUUAUUGGAGUUACUAAAUCAAAUAAGUGAAGAAUUAAAAGAUGCCAAAACCUCCACACUACAACAAAGAUUACAAGCUGAUGAAAUAAAAAAGAAAUUCUUACAGCAACAACAACACCAGCAACCCACCCGACCUCCUCUAGCCAAGGAUAUUAAACCCAUAAUAAAAGAAUAUGGUGUUGAUUCUCCCUCAUCUUUUAAUCAAAGUAAAUCGGUAACCACUAGAACCCAAACUCUACCAGAAAUACAAACAGCCAAAAAAGCUCCCACUAAACAGAAAAGCAAUGAAAUAAUUUUAUCUGCCAGCCAGUUAAAUAAACCUAUUUCAAUUAAAAAACCGGCACCAUCCGCUCCCUCCAGGCCUACACAAAGCACUCAUACUCCCUUUGCUGUGGAAUUGGGUAAAGCUGGCCGUAAGCCCGGCUAUGCCAGACAUCCACAUCAAACUUAUGAAAAUAUUCCCUCCAAUUAUGAUUUAAAUGUUGUGGACUUGGAAGAUGACAACGAUAUGAUGGACGAUAUUUCACAAUUUAGUUCGGAUGCUUAUAGCUCGCCCAAACAUGAGCAGAAACCAAAGAAAUGAAAAAAAGUUAAUUAAAAGUUUAAAAUAUGUUUCUUAAAACAGGAAAAUACAUUGUGAUAAAAACCAGGGGAACAAUUGUUAUAUUAGUUACAAAACUAUAAAAAAAAACUUAAAAACAAACAAACAAAAAAAAAAAAAACAGGGAAAUUUAAACAAGUGCAAUAAAGUAUAAAUUAUAAAA